AGUUAUAUCACACAACACUGUAGCUCAGUGUGGAAACAGCGCAGGUGCUCCAGCUGCUGAUUCAGGAUCAGACUGAGGGAGGAUGCACACUACUCGCAGUCCCACAUCUAUCCAGUCCGGAACAGCUAGUGAAGGGCUGGAUCUAAGCUUGACCGGAUCACAGCUCUCCAUGGGCCGCAGACCCAGCAGCGCCUCGCCUGGAAAACACUUCUGCCGCUCCAUAUCUGUGUCUGUAACCAGCGAUGGACGAGGCAAACGCAACACACAGGUUGAUGGUGGGUUUGGGAGUUCCCGUGCCAUUAAAAACUUGCGGCGAUCAAACAGCACUACACAGGUGAACCAGCAGGCCAACAUUAGCCUCAGUGAGGACCAUACAGAGGAGUUUAUGGCUUUGUUUGACAGCAGCACAGAUGGACGGCGGAAACUAGCCAGCCUCUCUAAGGCCUCUCCUGACCGGACAACAUGGAACAUUCUGGAUGAUCAGCCUCGGGCGUUCCCACUGCCCUCAAGCUCCCGCAGCACCUGCAGUAUGGAUUCCCCCACUGGCUCAAAGAAGAGAGAUUCCAGCCUCUGUCUGGCUGAUAAUUUCACUGCUAAUAACAGGAGCAAUAAAGGAGCUGUUGGUAACUCAGUGACCACCAUGCUACACAACAACCACACAGACAAACCCCUCACACCCAAGAGCUCCAACCAGAAACCCUGCUUCAAUAACAUAAUCAAAGCCACAGUGAAUGAUGAAGGGACUCUCGAGAGCAGCUCUCUCACUAAGUCUCAAAAGAACUUCUCAGCUUCAUCAGGCACCAAUAACAACGUUUCCAGCUCCCGAAGCCCACGUAGCCCUCGCGGGACAGGCAGAAAGGCGGUUACCAAGGAGGAUGCUGAGAGGUUUAUCCAGCAGGUCAGCCAUGCAGCUGUCACUAUCCAGCGUUGGUACCGUCAACAUAUGAAUAAGAAAAGAACUGAUGAGACUGCAGUCAGACAACUGUUAACUUCCAAAAAGAAGGAACGGGAGCGACAACAGCAGGGAGAAAAUGCUGUGAAAUCACAGAAGAAGAAAGAGGAGGAUAGAAAACGGAUCAGGGAGGAGAAGGCUCGACUGGCCCGACUCGCUGCUAUCCAGGAACUCCAGCAGAAGAGGGCUCAGCGAGCUGCAGAGGUGCAGCAGACAGCAGAGGAGGAAAUGGACGCUUUGAAGCGUUCUGGGAAAGUAGGGCGUAAGAAACACACCCAGAGCUUACCAACAUCUCCUACAGCUCCUAAGACCCAGAACACAGACUCCAAUGUGAAUUUGGUGGAUGAGCUGGAGGAGGUACCGAACCUGAGGGCAGCAUCACCUGUAGUGUCUACACGAAGAGACUCGCAGUGUUCACAGGAGAUUCUACAAAGAUCAGUGAGUGUAGAGGAACAGAGACAAGGAGCAUCGUCGAGCAGAGCUCAGUCUAAAACCACACUCAACGACCUACUGGACUCCCUUAAACUUCUAGAGGAGGAACCAGAGAGACUCUCAGAAGCCAAGAGCUACAGAAAGGAGAGAUACGCCUGGAUUGAUGAGGAUGGAGGGUCCAUCUCUUUAACCACAGAUAAUGUGGAGCGGCACGGUCAGCUUAGCCAGAGUCCUGCCUUUAUAGAUGGGGGCGCUUUGCUGUCUGAGGCCAAGCUGCAGAGCAUAAUGAGCUUUUUGGAUGAGAUGGAGAAGUCAGAGCAGGAGAGACCACGCUCAGUUACCUCUGGAUCACACAGAGAGGUGCUGCUGUCCGAGGAGGAGCUGGCUACUGUGGAUCAGGCUUCUGCUACUGCUGCUGAGGUCACUAAUUCCAUGAUGAGACUCAAACUGGAGCUUGGCGAGAAGAAGCGCACUGUCAACAUGCUACAGACAGCAUUGUAUUAUGAACUGCAGGCUCAGCAGAGAGAACUAACGCUUCAUCAUGUGAAGGAAACUGAAAAGGAGCUCAAUCACAACUUGCAGCUGCAAAAACAGCAAUAUGAGGCCACGAUCCAAAGACACCUGGCUUUUAUAGAUCAGCUGAUCGAUGAUAAAAAGGCCCUGAGUGAGCGCUGUGAGGGAGUGGUGGCUGAGCUCAAACAAGUGGAUCAGAAAUACAUGAAAAAGAUCAACCAGAUGCAGGAGCAGCAUGAACUGGAAAUUAAAAAGCUAAAGGAGUUGAUGAGUGCCACCGAAAAGAUCCGCAGAGAAAAAUGGAUUGAUGAGAAAACCAAGAAGAUCAAGGAGAUCACUGUUAAAGGUCUGGAGCCAGAAAUCCAAAAACUGAUCUCUAAGCACAAGCAGGAGCUGAAGAAACUACGGGUGCUGCAUGAGGCCGAGCUGUUGCAGGCAGAUGAAAGGGCAGCUCAACGUUAUAUCCGUCAAAUCGAGGAGCUCCGGCAGCAGAUGGAGAAAGACAAAGAUGAACAGUGCCAGAGAGAGAGGGAGCUCGCCAAGCAGAGGUUUGAGAAGCAGUUGCAGGAAGAAGAGAAUGCCAUACAGCAGCAGAGAAGACGACUCUACAAAGAAGUGGCAGAGGAGAAGGAACGUCUAACGCAACUAGCUGAAAGGCAGCGUGCUGAGCUGGAUGAGCUGAGGACUCAGUUGGAGAAUAACAGCUCUCUGGCUAAUCGAGCACUGAGAGAAGAGAUGGAGAAGAGCAGGGAGGAGCAGGAGCGACGGCACCAGGUGGAAAUGAAGGCACUUCGAGAACGUCUGGAGAUUGAGAAACAGACAUGGGAAGAAAACUACAUGAAAAAGAGGGAAAUGUGGCUGCUAACCCGAGAACGAGAACUGAAAGAAGAGGUGCGAAGGGGUAGGGACAAAGAGAUCGAGCUAGCUAUUCAAAAGCUUGAAAAGGAAACCAGCAGCACUAGAGAAGAGUGUGAGAGAGCUGCUGAAAACCGUGUAAAGCGUGUAAGGGAAAAGUACGAGGCAGAGCUUCAGGAGCUGGAGCACUCAGAACAGGCGGCGGUGGAGAAACAGCAAGAGAUGAAAAAGAGACUAACCGAGAUGGAAGGAGAGCUUUUCCGUCUGCAGGCUGUCCUCUCACAGAAGGAGCAACAGAUCACAGAUAUCACACAGAUACGUGAUAAAAUGGCGGAGGAGAGGCGGAGCCUGGCAGAGGUCAUCAGAGAGGAGUUUGCAGAGAGACUGGUUGUGAUGGAGGAGGAGAACAAGAGGAUGAAGGUGGAGGUGGCAGAGGUGCGUGCCAGACUUCGACUGGAGACAGAACGUCUGAGCAGAGAGAAAGAGGAGGAGCUGGCUGAAGUGCAUCAGCGGGUAAAGUCGGCCAUUUUAAAGAAGGAGGAAACUGUGAACAACCUGCGAAAACAAUAUGAGGCCGCGGUAAAAAGAGCAGAUCACCUGGAGGCCCUGUUGGAGCAGCAAAGGAAACAGUUAUUAGGGAAAUGAUUGACAGAUCUUAUGGUCACCCCCACCCCUCACAUUCCGCUUUGUUUUGUUUAUCAUGGUGAUUGAUUGACAGAAGUCCAGAUGGUGUGUGUGACAUCCUGUUCCACCAUCCUUUAUCAUUUAAAGCGACAGCCUGCUUUUCUCUGAGGAACAGCAAAGAAGCAGAAACUACAGCUUUGAGCUUGGAAAUGGACUAGCUCACUGACAAACAUGUAAACAUAAAAAAUACAGCUGGAGGAGAAAAAAGGAAAAUGUUUUCUCCAUGAGUGAGGGGGUGGGAAGAAAAAGCUGCUGAUGGGUACACACCUUGAAUGUUCCAAGCACUCUGUACUGUCCCACCCUGGGGUAAACAGUCAGCGUAGAUAGAGAGAGAGAGAGAGUAAAGGCCACUACAGAUGUAGGAAAAGUUUGGAGGCUGCAGAAACAUACUGCUGGGACAGUUCAUCAUUAUCAUAUGCUUUCCUUUAUCAGUAUAAAUGCAUAAUUAUUGUGCUUUUGCAUGUUCAAAUCAGAAUAUGGAAAUGUUCCAGUGGACGUGUGGACCAGUGCACAUAGGACAUGUUUCCUCAAUUGUAUUCGGUCACAAUUAUCGCUUUGGAUACAAGCAUCUGAUAAAUGCCACAAAUGUAAAUGUUUCUGCUGCUGGAAUCUUCUCAGAUACCUUUAGAGGAACUUAGUAGCUUUGGGUUCAUUUUCACAAGAGAACUGAUAAUAAUUGAGCCACAGUUUCAGGAACGUUUUUUUUGUUCCAGCUACAGAAUGUUGUCUGGUCACUAUUGGCAUACAACUUAAAGUGGUAAAUGUUUAUAAGGCAUAUGAUGCUUUUAUUACUAGGUUGCUUGUGGGACUGACAGCAGAGACUCUAAUUAUGUCAGUGGGAUUAUGGCGCAGUGGGAGACUCGAAACUCGGCGUUGCCACCAGUCGACUUGGUGCCGUCCAGUGGGCAUAAUUGGCAGUGCCUGCAGCAGACACGUUUCUUCUAGGGCAGGAUGACCGGACUAUGUGGAUGGGGUCUUCAAACGCUGUGUAAAAACCAUGAUUAGCAGUAAGGCGCCUGUGCAGGAUGCAUGGGUGAAAAAGGGUUUCGCUAAGGCCUGCACACAGGUCAGAGGAGGCAUGAGCAGCAAUAUACCCACCUCGACUGCAAUCAGAGAUCCCCCAGCAGUGGAAGACAAAUUGACUAUGCUAAAUUGGGAGAAAAUGCAUAAAUAAAGUAGAAAAACAAUGUCAGACUCAUACAGAGGACAAUGCUACUCUCUUCGUAUUGUUCCAUCACUUGUGCUACUGUAGUGACCAGACAAUAAGGUCUCCCCUUAUUCAGACAUGCCCAGCUGGGUCUGUUAAGAAGCUGGUCAGGCUGGUGGCACCACAGUAACGUGAACUCGAGAGUCGAGCCUCAGCGCAGGUGGGAUAUUGUAUCAGAUUGCUGCGCCAGCCAAGCACUUCCGUGAGAAGUUUAGUAUGUUGUCCUCAUGUCUGGGUUUCCUUUUCUGGUGUUUUCUGGUGGUGCUUAAUCCAUUCUGACCCUGACCAAAAUUGUGCUGCAAAGUGAAAACUAGAAACACCUUCCCCUUGUUUUAAUAUGCUGGAUGCACUUUUACCACAUGCUGAAAUGUCAUGAAAUGGCAUAACUACUGUGCUGUAAAUUGCACAGUUACAAUAUAAAUAAUUUUUGAUAUCAUAAAGUGGGCUGUAAAUAAUGGAAGCACACACACAAAACAGGUACUAAUUUAAUGAACUAUGUACUUCUGGAGUAACUUUUUGUCCAAAAGGUUUUAGAACAGCAGUGAAAUACCCAUUCCUCCCUUUUUGGGCUUUCGUGUUUUACACAUAAGGGAAGGAGGAGGGUGGGUUAACCUUGUGUUGUGUACGAAUGCCUUUUGUCUCAGCCCCCCAUUGUCUUUAAUUGUUUGAUUAGCCUUGAGGCCCUCACUAAAACACACAGCCCUUAUAGCCAGUCAAGCUCUGCUUUUAGAGUGUUAGAUAUCUAGUCAAAGGUCCAAGUUAUGUUUUAGAUAGAAGAUCUUUUAAAAGUUUGAAUGUUUUAUAUAGUUAAUAUGGAGUGUUGUUGUUUACAAUAGGAUGAGGUUUCUGCAUGGAUCUGUUGUGUUCUAUAGAGAGUGAGAGGGGAUUGGUAUGUCAGAUUAGGUGAAAAAGGAAAAGGAAUGUGUAAACUGCAUAAUUAUAGGAUUUGGGAAAGGAGAGCUGGCUGGUACAGAGGCGAAUCACAAGGACAUGGGGUUUUCCUGCAUUUACCAUUUAAAGGCUAAAACAUGCCGUGUAUAUCUGUAGGACCAGAUAAAGACCUGAGACUGAAUACAAUCAUGGAUAAGGGCAAAACUGGGGGCUCUUAAACUCUCUCUCCUCUUUCUGCAUUGUUUUCCUUUUCUUUUGCCAAAAAUGCUCUUGGUUUGCUCCACUGAUUUGAUCCCUUCAUACUACUGAAAGGAUGCUGUGACUUUUUUUUUUUUACUUUUUUUUUUGUUGAGCACCAUUAACAGCAGGAAAAGUGGUUUAUUGUUUUCGAAAUCUAAAGGUCCUUUCAGCCCUGAAAACCACUUUCCUGGCUUCCUAAAAGGUCACAGAUGACUGAGGAGAACUAUGGAUCAACUUACACUUCUGAAUGGCUGUAUCAAGUCACAUGUCAGUGAAGAUCAGUUUUAAUCUGGUUUUAAUUCUAUUAUUUAUUGUAAAGAAUGAUAUUGUUAGGUAAAACUUUGAGUGUGUUUACUUUGAGUGCAUGGUAAUAAUCUAAUUCAGUACAUGUGCUUGUGUAAACAACAGACUUAAUAUCAGAUACUUUAUAUCAGAGUAGAGCAGAAAUUACAUGUUAAAAUACUGCGGGGGAAAUAUUGUGUUCCAGACCACAUUCUAUUGUACUAAUAAGUAUGUCAGAUGUCUUUACUUGCUGACAGACUGUUUAAUGUCUUUUCACUUCCCUACAAAAUGCUAAAUAGUUGAAUUGAUUGCACCAGAUUACCCUUAGGUGUAAAAUGUAUGAAUAAGGGUGUGAUUAAUUGUGUGAGAAGCCCUGUAAUAAACUGUUUUAGUGGUGGACUUCAGACCUACCAUGACCAUGCAGGAUGAGAAAGUAACUAAAAGUUAACAAAUGAAUGAAUCACAUAUGGUUAAUGUUUGUGCUGAGUUUGAUAUGUUCUCACUGAGUCCACCUGCCAAACCCAUGCUUGUAGUUGGACUGACUAUACCCAAUUGCCCUUACAUGUGAAUGAAUGACUGUGACUGUGUAAAAUAGUGAUGCCACCUGUCCAAGCGUAAAUUUUCUUGUUGCAAUGUUUGUAGACUAUGCUCUGUGCCCACUGCAACCCUGAUCAGGAUGAAGUAGUUGCGAAGGAUAUGUUAGUUAAUGUACGAAGUAAAGAAACAAACAUCUGCAGCUUUGAAAGGGAGGAAAUAGAACAGUGUUCUGGACCCACCACAAUCGCAUAAUAAGCAAAAAUACAAUAUUUACCAGUUCAGCAAUGUUUUCUUUAGUCCCACUACUUAAACCUUAAAAUAAUUUAACUACACACUCAUUGGAUGAUUUAAAAUUGUAAUGCUGCCACAUCAAAAUGUCUUUCCACUAACACAGACACUUAAAAGCACUAAAGAUGCUGCUAAAUUAAAUCUAACAAUUCACUGAGUACAAAGAUUGUAUUACUAGCAAAAAUCCUUUUUUUUUGCUGUCAUGAGAUUAUUCUGUUCAUGUAAACAUACUUAAUGUAUUUAAACAUGUGACCAACUGUAUGCCUUGUCUGUGUUAAAAAGACCUAUGUGACCUUAAUGAAUGCUGUACAGUUAGUACUGGCCACUUGUACCAUUUUCGGAUGGGUUUAGUAUGCCAGAUUAUUCUGAUAUGUGUUAAUUAAUAAAUAAUAUUGUUAUAUUUGUGUGAAA